UUUCGUUUCAACUGUUGUGUAUGCCUAAUAUUUUGAUAACAAGAAUAAUUUAUGUGAUGUACGAUUAAAAUGUUCAAAUCGGUACCUACGUAGACCGCUAAUUAUUUAAUAUUAUAAUAUCGCGAAGAUGAACCCGUUCGAAGGCCUAGAGAUCUCCAACGACUGGCAAGCGUUGUUCAACAUAAACGAACGGCAACCGUGCCGCAAGUGUUCGAAGUCUAGGAAGUAUUUUUGCUACACAUGUUACACUUUAAAUGCUGAUGUAGAAAAUAAAAUCCCGAUGCUUGAGUUACCGUUUAAAAUUGACAUCAUAAAGCACAGCCGAGAGAUAGCGGGCAAAAGCACUGCGAUACAUGCUGCUCUUUUAGCACCGAACGAUGUCACUAUUUAUAUUUACCCUGACAUGCCCAGGUACACCGAAGACGACAAAGUAAUCCUUAUUUAUCCAGGAAAAUCUGCAGUAACCUUACAAGACUACUAUUCUUCAAAAAAAAAACAAGAAGAUAGUAAAGAAUAUAACAAAAACAAGACUUCUAGCAAAUUCAUUACACAUGCAUUGUUUAUCGAUAGUACGUGGAAUCAAAGUAAUGGAAUUCUGAAGGAUCCAAUAAUAUCAGGACUUCCGUGUAUAAAGCUGCAAAUAAGAUUAUCUCAAUUUUGGAGGCAUCAAAAAGGCAGCCCCCGGUGGUUUUUAGCUACUAUUGAAGCUAUCCAUCAACUGCUUGUUGAAUUCACAGAAACAGAUGUCGAAACAAAUGAGCCGCCCAAAAAUUAUGAUAAUAUGUUAUUUUUUUUUAGAUUUAUGUAUGAAAAAAUACACCAGUUAUAUGAACAUGAUAAGCUUAAAUCGUACAGAAGACCAAUGAAUGUAUGAAAUUGUUAUUAUAAGAUAAAAUGUAUUUAUUUGCCUGUAAAAUAAAUUUUUUUACCUAUUUUAA